CUCGAAUAAAAAGCUUCCCUUGAAUCACGGCAGAAGCUUGAAUUUCUGAUCUAAGUAGCUUAGUCAGCGAGCCAACCCUUCUUGCCAGGAUGUAAAUAAGAAGGAGUCCAAACUUCAUGAGCAUUUACUAUAUGUAACACAUCAUGAAUACAUAUGUCUUGAAGCUUUCGAAUACCGAUGUAGCGCCCCCGGACGAGCCUCGCACAAGAAUCGCAAUAAUCGCCCUCUAGCAGCAAUGUCCAAAUUUCUCGACACAGUAAUUAUCGGUGCAGGUCUCAGCGGUCUUCAAGCGGCGCUGGAUCUCCAUUCGGCGAAUCGGUCCUUUGUCAUACUCGAAGCUCGGUCCCGAGUAGGAGGCAAGACCAACUCAGUAGAACGAUCAGACGGGAAAGGCAUCCAAGAAUUCGGUGCAGCGUGGCUCAACAACACCAAUCAGUCUCAUGUCUGGGAAUAUAUAAAGAAGUUUGGAUUGACACCCGUCGUUCAAAAUAUUGACGGUUUGGUGGCUGCUGAAGAUGUGGAUGGAAAUUGUCAUAUGUUCCCCUUUGGUGAGUCGCCGAAGUUUAGUGAGGAGACACAACGCAAUAUUGCGAUGUUGAGAGAUGGAGUCGAAAAGGCUUCGCUGGAUCCAGAGACUUUCGAGAAGCCGUUAUGCGAUUAUCUGGAUGGUAUGUCCUUUGAGCAGUACUGCAAAGACUUGGGUGCCUGUGCUGAAGCACUCUUCACUGCGAGGGUAUGGUCCAGAGGGACACUGGGCCAGGAUCCUGGUGAUGUUUCUGCUCUUGCAUACUUGGAGGUCUGCCGUGGUGGGCUUGGACUCGUAAAUUUACGGUAUGAUGGCAAACACGGAGCCCAGUAUCUUCGCUUGAAAGAAGGAACGCAGUCGAUCGCCAACGAGAUGUCAAAACUCCUCCCCGCAGAAGUAAUUAAACUCGACACAGCAGUUACCGGCGUCGUUCAGAGAUCCGUAGGCUCAUAUACCAUUACCACUAGCAAAGGCACAACCCUCAAAUGCCAGACAGUCGUCAUCAGCAUUCCUUCACCGGCCUAUAAAAAUAUCACUUUCAAUCCUCCCCUUCCAUUUUUAAAGGCACUGUACACACGAUCAGUUCACUACGGCACAUUCGUGAAGCUUAUCUGUCUUUUCAAAACUCCUUUCUGGAAACACCAAGGCGCCUGUGGCCUAGCACAGAGCUUCCGAGGACCGAUCAACCACUGUAGAGACACUUCUGUUUCAGAGCAAAACAACUUUGCACUAACCUGCUUUCUCUGUGCUGGUCCAGGGAGAAAGUGGCUCGGCCUUGACCAAAAAGACAGAAUUGAAGUCGUUCUGCAACAACUGGGUUCCUUGUUUGCUGUGGGAUAUGAGGCUCUGAAGGAAGAGUUCCUUGACUCGAUCACGUCGGAUUGGACUGAAGAUCCGUGGGCUGGAUGGGGCUGUCCAUUUGCUACUCGGCCACCUGGAUUGCAGCUUACCGUUGAUGCUGCUAAUGAGCAAGCUGAAGGGCUGCACUUCAUUGGCACGGAAUUCGCUACCGAGUGGCGGGGGUACAUGGAAGGGGCGUUGAGGAGUGGGAAAGAAGGUGCGAGGCAGGUUCUUGACGAUCUGAACUCAGAGGACAUCUGAAGGAUUGCUAUUACCUUUCGCUCAACUUUCGCAGAAUUACAACCACCGACCUGAACUUCUUAGGAGAAUACACCAAGCUCAAUGGAUCGAUAUGUAUCUUUGGAUCAGUCAGCUAGGUCGUGAUAUAGAACUUUCACAACACCAAAAGCCAAUCACCCAUAUCACCAAAGUCUCUCACAGCUUGCCAGAAGAUCGACUCUGUUUCUCAGAAUCCCAGCACAAGAACAUGGAUUAGGAUGCCGCUGAUGGUUUCGGGUCUCCCACCAUUGUGACACCAGCCAAGCCUUCACAGUCGGCAGAUUUCAUCCCCUGCAUUUUCGAUGUCAGUUCACAGACUCAAUUUCCGCUCUAAAGAAUAAAUAUGACGAUACGCACUGUACAGCAAGCCAAAUAUUUCCCUAAACAUGGAGCACCGCCUAUCAGGUUACCUGAAGUUAAAAAGCCAAGUCAGCCCUUCUGUUAAGCUGACUCUAGAAAUACCUGGGAGCCUAAAGGAGAAGGGACAGCAAAGGUCGUACAGAGAAAGCCAGCUUGGGUUUCGCUCAAAAUGCCUAUCAGGCCCAUGGGACAGCAAGCUUUGACUUGCUCAAUGAUGUUGGGACAAUGGACUUUCGCCAGACUUGGAACUAAGACGAGAGAGAAUGCGAGUAGAAGAACAAGUUUCAUGGUAAGAAAAGCAAGAUUGGAAGACCCAAGUUAAACGUUCAACAAAAACAGUAAUGAAAGUCAGCAGGAAACGAUCAGAGGGUAUUGGAGGGCAUAUAUAUCACGCCGACCUACGCCAUUUGGGAGGCAGAUCUUCUAUUCUUGGCAUGGCUUCCAGUCACAGCGUUGCACAAUCCUUGCACGGGUGACAGUUUAUCGCGAUCAUGUAUGACAUUGAUCCACCAAGACCCCGAAAAUGCACCCCAGAUUUCACAGCACCACGCAUAACUUUCCAAAGCCAGCCUAAGACAGCAGACCUUCCGUCCACUCCGCCGCAUUCAGAUCUGUCCGUUGUGGCCAUCGUCCUCCAACUUUUUCAAUCAUUUCGAAGCUUUUGUGCGAUCCAGAAUCGGAACUGGUUUCUCAUUGAAUUGGCAGAGUCGACAGGAGCUGGGGCGAGAAUGACGGUUGGCGUUGGGCGAUGAGAGGUGGUGAAGAGGGCUGAGGUAGUGGUAGCGGUGCUGUGUUUCGCUGAGAUCGAGGUGACGUUGUGGUAGUGGCCUGCAACAACUGUGAUGGUAAUGUCCUUGGUCGGUCUUGGGUGGAUGAGACCGAGCGAGAAGAUGAGGAGGUUGAGAAGGAGGAGAGUAUUGAUCGUUUGGACCAUUGUCAUUUUUGAAAUUUGAGUGUGGUUUAAUGGUGUUUGGGUGGGAGAUGGUUGAUGGGGGCACAGAGAUUUGGUGAGGUGCGUGCGUGUGUUGGUGUCGGUGUUGGUAAUCGAUUCGCGGCUAAAUUGUUGU